AUGUCAUGUCGUAGCACGCGAGCUCGAGCAGCCAAAAUUGUGCUAGAAGAGCCCUUGGAACAGACCAGGAAGAUUACCGAUGUGUUCAAGGUCACAAGAGGAAGAGGAAGAACACAGAAAAAGCUUCACGGCGAUGAGACUCGCGUCGAUACAAAGCCCCUCCUGGCAUCGGGAUUUAUUCAGCAGGAAUUGACUGAAGGCGUUUGUUCAUCAGCAAAAGCGGAAACUAUAUGUUCACCCCCAAAGAGAGCGAAGAAGUGUACCGAUCACACACAACGAAGCGCUAGAAAAAUUCUUUUCGCCACUGACGACAACAAAAAAAGUUCGCCAAAAAAGGAAAUGGUUGUUGAGGUCAGCCAAACGGAUGUACUGGUUUCAUCGACUGCGACAGUAGAAAUGACAACUAGAACCAAUGUCUCCGCAACAGUGAAAUCAGAGACGUCGAGAGAAACCGAAUCGUGCGUCGUUGUAUCUCCUGCUAAAGAUUCGUUGAUCUCUAGGGCCGAAGAGCUGAGCGAGAGGCUCACAUCGAAGGCUGCCCAAAUCAAAGCACGUGCUCGCAUACGAAGUGUUGCGGAACUUCAAGCAGUGCUGGCCCAAAAAGGCGCUGUCAAAGCAGUUCAUGAACAGGCACAGCGGAUCAAGAGCCAAAAGGUGGAGGAACACGCCAAGAUCCUCAAAUCACCAGUGAAGUCUGUGCCAAAAGGGUCAGCGCGAGGAGAAUUAACAACUAAGGCAAAGUUCAGCUCACCACAAAAGCGUUUGGAACCGUCGACCUCUGUUGUGCCUGAUUUCAUUCUUCCCACGCAUAAAACACCUGCCAAAGCGUCUCUGGACGAAUUUGAGCUGAAUGAAACGAGGUAUUCAGUGUGCUGUACCCGAAAUGUUCACAAGUGUUGUCAUCGCAUAAUUCACCACCAGGGAAGGCGAUGUGCCGUUCUAGAGAUUCAGAAGAAUGUCGAGAAGAAUACACAACUGAGCUUUACACGUAAACAUCUGGCUCAAAUCAUCCAUGUCUACCCAACUUCGUAUGAUGUUCGUCUAGAUAAGCGGCGAAAAGCAUUUGGUGGUGAUGCGGAGUCAUAUGGAAAGAAAGAGCUCAUCAUGACGGCAAAUCUAGUGGAUGAUUUGACGGGAUUUAUGCUGCCUGAUACUCCAGUAAAGUGUGAUGAUCAACCACUUCCCUCAGUCACACCGAGUAAAUUAAUGUCUCCUCGAAAGAAAGUGGUAACGGCACUUCCCAGAGAUCCAGUGCUAGACGCUAGGCCUCGUCUUGAAGGUUGGCGUAUGACUUGUAGAAGUCAUGUGUUCAGGCAUAAGCUGGUGGAAAUUGCGAAGAAGUUUCAUCGAAAAUUCUUGGAACGCAUAGGAUUCACUCUGAAAGAUGCCGAACUCGCGCGAUUACGCCGCUUUCAUCCUAAGUUUGAUAUUGAGCAAGAAUGUGAAGAACUGGAACAGGCUAAACUCCCUGAAGAUGAACAUGACGGAAGUGAGCAGCACUUCGAAAUGAAGGAUUACUUUGCAAUGGUCGACACUAGCGUACCACUCCCAAAAGCGGUUUCGGCUGCGCUUGAAGAUUUGAAGAGUCCGGUGAAGAAACUUAUGAGCUCUAAUUCGGCAGUACCUCUCUCACCGCGUCAAUUUGCUGAAAAACAAGCCUCAAAACCGAAAGGAUCGAUGUCUCUGCUCGAAAGGAUUCGUGCGAAAGAAGCUGAAAGGAAAGCUGCCGAAAAGCUAAGAGAUCCUGUACUUUGCAUCAAGAAAGUUCGCUCAAUGGACUUGAGGACGCUGUCUGAACAGGUCGCAAGGAGCCAGUCGUCUAUGAAUCGUGAUUUGCUGAUGGAACAUCUCACGAUACUCUGUGAGGUUGCGCCGAGUUAUCUGGCGUUCACGGAAUUAGGUGGUAAGAAGUAUCUUCAGUUGAAGGAGAACAACUACAAUGCCAUCGAGAAAGUAGUAGAAGAAGAGGUGGCACGUCUACGGUCCUCCUUGCCAUCUGUGACGCAACUUCAACAAGGGGUUCCUGUGGAGAACGCGGUAAAGAAGGCUGCUGUUAGAGCUCUUUUCUAG